AUGAUAAGAGAAGCAGAGAAAUAUAAAGCAGAAGAUGAUGAGAAUAAAGCAAGAAUAGAAACAAAGAAUCAAAUAGAAAAUAUGUGUUAUUCAAUGAAGAAUAGGAUUAAAGAAAUGGGAGAUAAAAUAAGUUCAGAAGAUAAAAAGAAAGCAGAAGAAAUAAUAGAAAAGAAUUUAAGAUGGAUUGAUAAUAAUCAAAAUGGAAGUAAAGAAGAAUAUGAGAAGAAAAAAGAAGAAAUAGAAAAAGAAAUAGGAAGAAUUUAUUCAAAAAUAUAUCAAGGAAGAGGAAGUAAUGAAUUUACAGGAGGAAGAAAUACAGAAAAAGAAAAUAAUAAUAAAGGACCAACAAUUGAAGAAGUUGAUUAA